GCAAGGUAAGUGUCUACAGGGUGGGGCAGGGCCUUUCCAAUCGCCCAUUGAGGGAAAGCGGGACUUGAAGCAGCAGCCAUCCCUUUGGAAGAAUCAGUGGGGUGGGUGAGUGAGGGCAAAAGGUACGUGUCCCCAUGGUGGGGUCAGGUUCCAGGCCUCUGCUGACCCUGUUUCCUCCUGUGGCUUUACCAUGCUGGCCCUGGGAUAUGAAACAUGUUCUGUCCCUCCUUUUGGCUGCUGCUUUUGCCCCUGCGUUCACUCCCAUCUUGAACCCUCCCCUCUCCCCACCCUGGGCCACAGCACCCCCAAGCAGGCGGACCUGUGUGUUCUUUGAGGCCCCUGGAGUGCGGGGAAGCACAAAGACACUGGGGAAGCUGCUAGAUGCAGGACCAGGGCCCCCCAGGGUUAUCCGCUGCCUCUACAGCCGCUGCUGUUUUGGGAUCUGGAACCUGACCCAACACCAGGCACAGGUGGAGAUGCAAGGAUGCCGAGACAGUGAUGAGCCAGACUGUGAGGCCCCCCACUGUGAGCUGAGCCCCCGAGCCCACCCUGGCCCCAGGUCCACUCUCUUCACCUGCUCCUGUGGCACUGACUUCUGCAAUGCCAAUUAUAGCCAUCUGCCUCCUCCAGGGAGCCCUGGGACUCCUGGCUCCCAGGGUCCCCAAGCUGUCCCAGGCGAGUCCAUCUGGAUGGUGCUGGUGCUGCUGGGGCUAUUCCUCCUCCUGCUGCUGCUGGGCAGCAUCAUCUUGGCCCUGCUACAGCGAAAGGCCUGCAGAGUCCAAGGUGGCCCAGAGCCAGAGCCAGAGCCAGAGCCAGGCUCAGGCAGGGACUGGAGUGCUGAGCUGCCCGAGCUGCCCGAGCUGUGUUUCUCCCAGGUAAUCUGGGAAGGAGGUCACACAGUGGUGUGGGCUGGGCAGCUGCAAGGCAAGCUGGUAGCCAUCAAGGCCUUCUCCCUGAGGGCCGUGGCCCAGUUCCAAGCUGAGAGAGCACUAUACGAACUGCCAAGCCUACAGCACGACCACAUUGUCCGCUUUAUCACCGCCAGCAGAGGGGGCCCUGGGCCCUUGCCCUGUGGGCCCCUGCUGGUACUGGAGCUGCACCCAAAGGGAUCCCUGUGCCACUACUUGACCCAGCACACCAGUGACUGGGGAAGUUCCAUGCGGAUGGCGCUGUCCCUGGCGCGGGGCCUGGCAUUUCUCCAUGAGGAGCGCUGGCAGGAUGGCCAAUACAAACCAGGUAUCGCCCACCGAGAUCUGAGCAGCCAGAAUGUGCUCAUUCGGGAGGAUGGGUCGUGUGCCAUUGGAGACCUGGGCCUUGCCUUGGUGCUCCCUGGCCUCACCCAGCCUCCCACCUGGGCCCCAACUCAACCCCGAGGCCCAGCUGCCAUCAUGGAGGCUGGCACCCAGAGGUACAUGGCACCAGAGCUCUUGGACAAGACUCUGGACCUACAAGACUGGGGCACGGCCCUCCGGCAAGCCGAUGUUUACUCUCUGGCUCUGCUCCUAUGGGAGAUCUUGAGCCGCUGCCCAGAUUUGUGGCCUGACAGCAGACCACCACCCUUCCAACUGGCCUAUGAGGCAGAACUGGGCAGCACCCCUACCACCUGUGAGCUGUGGACCUUGGCCGUGGAGGAGAGAAGGCGCCCCUACAUCCCAUCCACCUGGCACUGCUUCACCACAGACCCUGGUGGCCUGAGAGAGCUGCUAGAGGACUGUUGGGACGCAGACCCAGAAGCACGGCUGACAGCUGAGUGUGUACAGCAGCGCCUGGCUGCCCUGGCCCGUCCUCAGGAGGCCCGCCCCUUCCCAGAGAGCUGCACCCACGACUGCCCACCUCUCUGCCCAGAAGACUGCCUCUCACCUCCCCCCACUGCCAUUCUCCCUUGUAGGCCUCCACUGAAUGUCUGCUGCUUCAGCAUUCAGCAAGGCCCUGGUGCCAGGAGUCCUCCUGUACCAUCUCUCACCUGUAAAUAUGCAGUUUAUGUAUAACCUAUGUACAUGCAAACAUAAAUACGGUGAUCAGA